AUGUUACAGUCACCACAACAAAGCGAUUCUAUGCGAGUCCCUUUCACUCGCAUCUGGCUCAUCGAGGAAGCGGGUGUUGCCUGUGCAGCGUCUGCGAAUGCAACCGGCAAGAGACCAUCAAGGCUGACGGUGCACACAGACCGUGUUAGGCCUCGAGGCCUCAGUCGUUGCUGCUGCUGCUCAUGGGCCAGCUUACGUCUGGGUCGAGCGAGCCGUUCUCGGCAAAGCGAGCAACCCGCCUCCCAGCUCCGCAUGCGACAGUUUCACCUUGACCGGCUCAAGUUCACGCAAGCCGCCGCAACCGAACGACCGACUGACCGACCGACCGACAGUCGCCCGACUGCACAUUCAUUUCCGGCUCUUCAUACGUGUUUGUCUCUUUCGCCUCGCCGCCUCAUCUCCACCACGAGUAAUUCUUGCGUCAGCCCUGCGCCUGGCUGGCCUUUUGCCUUCGUCUCUUCGUCGUGGGUGGGCUGCCGAUCUUUUUUUCUCAUCUCCACUGUGGCUGUGACCAGCCUUCAGUUGAUUGGUCUGAAAACCGUCUUAAUUUAUUUCUCCUCGCUCCUCCAUUCGGCCUACUCUGCCUGCUUCGCCCGACCGCCCCAAACCGUUCGCCGCCUCCAUUCUGCCCAUUGCCCGCCACGAUUGUUUGCCUUUUUCCACUCCAGUCGGUCCGAUCAUCCGAUCGACCGACCGACCAUCUGCGUGUCUCAUUUUUGUUCUCGCUUCUUUCGCCAGCCUAUCUGUGGGAUGAAUAUCGAUCCAGCAGAUUCAAAUAUCCUCUUCGAAGAUCCUUUGUUGGCCUGGCUGCCCGCCUGUAGACUGGGUAUCGAUCCAACAGAUUCAAAUAUCCUUCCUCGGGCGCCUCAUACUUUCGAGUAUCAUUUAAUUUUACCUCACCGGCUGGCUGGCUGGCUGGCUAGCUUUAUUCGGCGUCAAAGUACCAUCACGGCUCGUUCGCAGGCCGAGCUCAGCUGGCCUCGAGGCUCGAUCGCUUGA